CAGAGACAGAGAGCAGCAGCCGCGCGCGGAGAUGGAGAACGCAGCUUUCGCUUCCGGCGCCGGCAUCGUGCAGGCUUACCCCGGUGGGACGAUGAGGGUCCUCGCCGUGGAGGAAGACCCCGCCUACCUCACCGCCCUCACGGAGAUGCUCCAGCGCCACGGCUACCAAGGUAUGAACGGGGCGUCCGGUCCGGCCACCUUCUAACCUUCUCCUCUGCAGUUUCUUUCCCCUCCCAUGCGUCUGUGUGUGUGUGUGUGUGCAGUGACGGCCAAGGCGUCGCCGGAAGAAGGGCUGAGGGCGUUGCAGGACAACCUGGAGGGAUUCGACCUCGUGAUGACCGUGGUGCGCACGCAGGGGCCAGGGAUCGACGGCUUCGAGUUCCUCAAGCACGCAGCGCAGCGUUACCCGGUCAUCCUGUUCUCCGGCGUCGAGCCCGAGGAGACGAAGAUGAGGGGGAUGCUUGAAGGCGCGUGCGCCUUCCUGACCAAGCCCCUGCGCGACGAGGAGGUGCGCAACGUCUGGCAGCACGUCGUCGCCCGGCGGAGGCUCAACGCGGCCUCCGGCGCCGACGCUCGAGGCAGCGACGUCGUUGCCGUCCGUCAGGAUGAGACGGUGGCAAGAAAGAGAGGACUGGACGACUCCGGCGAGGGGGGCUCCGACGGCAGGACUGCCAAGAAGAACAGGCUCAACUCGUGGUCAGAGGAAGAGCUGCACGCGGCGUUCGUCAAAGCGGUCGAACAGCUCAGGGGAACGGAAGCUCUGGAGACCGUUGGGCUGAAGGAAGGAUGGGGAGAGCAUAUCCCUCCUCAUUGCUAAUCAAAAAGUACAAGUGGUCGCUUUUAGAGCGAGCGAUGGAAAACCAAAUCAAUAAUCUCGGAGGGGUUACUUAUACUGGUUCCCCCGCUUUGUUUUAUUUUCAUCAGUAGAACUGUGUCCUUAUGUAUUGUUUUCGUGUUGGCUUGCCUAGCGGUUUCAAACCUUAUACUGCACUCUGGUCCAUAUAGGCUUGAUUUA